UGUAUUUGACAUUACGCAAUGUUAAAAACAUCGUUUGCUUUGCAGCAAACGUACGAAAUUUCGCGUUUAUACACGCAUUAAAUAACUCGGGGGAUCGACAAACAUUUAAAAAUGCUGCGAACAACAACGAUGGGACUCCUGGCAGCCGUGGCCGUAAAGGCAGCCCCCGAACCCCCCAAAGCUCCAGCACCGAAGAAGGAUGAGGAUUGUUCACUAGUUUGCAGACCCAGCGAACUCCCCAUCUAUGGCUCCCUUCGCAAGACACAGCCCAAGAAAGAGCCACGCAUCUCGAGAGAAUCGGCGCUAGAAAAGAAUCUGGAGACUGGAGUGCGUACCGUGCGGGAGGAGGUGCAGGCUGGCUACCGGGCCGUAGCAGACCAGGCCGGCAUCAUCGGCAGCUACGUGGACACGGCCAAGGCCCACACGCAGCACACCCUCGACAUCCUGAACGAGCCACAGAACUCACUCCAUCGCAGCGGCGCCAUUGUGGUGGGCGGUCUGGCGGGUUUCAUCUUUGCCGCCCGCGGUGGCUUCGUCAAGAAGGUGAUCUACACUGGCAUUGGCUCCGGAGCGGUGGCUUCCAUGUGCUAUCCCCGCCAGGCGGAGGAGAACUGCCGCGUGGUGCUGCACGAGGGCCGCAAGAUCUUCGCCGUGGCCUACAACUUCAUCAAGGGCGUGAAACCCGGCGAAGAGGUGCCCAUUGAGCCCAUCAAGCAGUUCCCCACCUCGCUGCAGGACCUCAAGUACCUGGCACUGGAUCUGAUCGAUGAGGCCAAGGAGGUGGUAUUUCCCAAGAAGAAGUAGGAGCAGAGGCAGUGCCUCUGAAGCAAUGGCUUCAAAAAACGAACCUAAAAUCGAACCGGAAGUGUGAAUCGAUUUUGCGCUUCAAUUCUUUCCGAUUUUGUGUGAUCAUCUAGAUAAUGCUUUACCUCUUUCUCUCUCUGCGGAGUACUCCACGGAGUAGCCACAAAAUAAAUUCGCGUCGCGUCCCAAAAGUGAAA